AUGGAGGCAUUGAUCAAACCACCCCAUAGUUAUCUAAGGUACUGUAAGCUUCAAGGGAGCCUUCCACGCAAGGCGCCGAGUUUGAAAAAAAGUGUAAGAAACCCAGCAAGCUCCAAUAUUAACGUGUCGCACACGUCAGAUCUAAGGUCGGAUACAUUGAGUGAUGUGCGACUGGUUCAGUAG